AUGUCAGCCGUUCCAACACAACCUGCAGAGCUCAAGAAAAAGCCUGUAUCUUUUUCCAAUAUUUUGCUUGGUGCAGGUUUAAACAUGUGCGAGGUGACCACCCUAGGUCAACCUUUGGAAGUUACCAAAACUACUAUGGCAGCGCAUCGCGAUUUGAACUUCCUGCAAGCAAUUAAACACGUUUGGUCGCGUGGUGGUGUUUUUGGAUUUUACCAAGGUUUGAUUCCGUGGGCCUGGAUUGAGGCCUCGACCAAAGGUGCCGUUUUACUGUUCGUUUCUGCGGAAGGUGAAUAUCAGUUCAAAAGGAUGGGGCUCGGGAAUUUCGGCGCUGGCAUCAUGGGUGGUGUUUCCGGUGGUGUGGCACAGGCAUAUUUGACGAUGGGCUUCUGCACAUGUAUGAAAACGGUCGAAAUCACCAAGCACAAGUCUGCCGGCACCGCGAAGCCACAGUCUUCGUGGUCUGCAUUUAAGGAAAUUUACGCUAGAGAAGGUAUUCGUGGUAUCAACAAAGGUGUCAACGCCGUGGCUAUCAGACAAAUGACUAACUGGGGGUCUCGUUUUGGAUUUUCCAGAUUGGUUGAAGAAGGUAUCAGGAAAUUCACGGGUAAGACCAACUCUGACGAGAAACUGAGCGCAGUUGAGAAAAUUUUUGCAUCUGCGGUUGGUGGUGGUUUGAGUGCCUGGAAUCAACCAAUCGAAGUUAUUAGGGUCGAAAUGCAAUCUAAGAAAGAAGAUCCAAACAGACCCAAGAACUUGACAGUCGGAUCUGCGUUCAAAUACAUUUACAAAUCCAGCGGAUUGAAGGGUUUGUACCGUGGUGUAACUCCAAGAAUUGGGCUUGGCGUUUGGCAAACCGUGUUUAUGGUCGGAUUUGGUGACAUGGCGCGUGACCUCGUCGCCAGACUCACUUCGCAAUCACCAACUGCGGCUCACUGA